AUGUCUGUGGCGGCCCACUCCCGGCUGGAGACGGACGGGUACGGAGUGCCGCAGUAUAGCGGAGAGCCCGACGCUUUCGAAGAGUACCAGGAGCAAGCCUGGGACUUGUAUCAUGGUCGGGAUGGCAGUGACCAACUUCAGGCGGCCGCCGCUGUUCACCUUCGAGCUGGCCUCACAGGAGCUGCUUACGAGGCCGUGCGCAAGAUCACCCACGAGAAGCUGAAGACGAAGGACGCCGAGGGCAAGCCUGCACCCGCCGGCGUGAAGAUCUUGCUGGAGACGCUGAAGGAGAACAUUGCAGCGGAGGCACCGGUGAAGGUUGGAGAACUUUUCAUGACUGCCUUCUACAGCCCGACCAUCUGGAGGCAGCCUGGCGAGACAAUGCAGCAGUACAUUGUGCGCAGGGACCAGGAGUUCAAGAGGCUGGAGGAGGUUCUUGCGGACGAGCGCACGCAGGCGAUCAUGCUCCUGACCAACGAGUACAACCUGAAGCAGAUUGGCCACGCGCUCAGGAUCCAGUACCCAAAUGCCUCCAACAAGCCGGUCCUCAGGAGAGACUUCAUCGGAGCAUCUCGUGGCCAGGCACAGUUUGCGCAGACGAGGCUUAGGCCAAAAAGGUCAGCCGCAAAAGAGAAGACCGAGCGCCGGUCUUUGACCCAUGCCUAUCUCAGAGAGGACGACGAGGGCGAGGACAACGACGAGGCCUACUACGAGGACUUUGGCGACGGCGACGCGGACGCCUGUGCGGAGUUCUCCGACCUCGAUGACGCCGCUGCCAUCGACGUCCUCCUUCAGGACUGCGCCUACGAAGAGACGCCGAGCUCGCGGAGGAAAGGCGCCGCCGGCCAGGGCGCGGGCAACAACUUCCCCUUCAAGGUUCAGGGUGAGAUCUCCUUCGACAAGGCCCGAGACGCAAGAAAGAAGGCUGUGUCCUUCCUCAAGCAUACCGGAAAGGGCAACGCGACGGCCAAGAAGAAGCCCCUGGCCAAGAAGAAGGGUGCCGACGACGUCCAGGACUACGAGGAGCAGUACUUUGUGGACCACCUCGAGUCCCCAGACGGCGUCCAGGCGAGCAACAGCGUCGCUUUAACGAACAUGAAAGGUGCCCAGGCUGUGCCCAAGGACACAAAGGUCAUUUUCGGCAACGCGUUCGAGUUCCCCGAGGGCGAGACCGCGACUGGAGGCACCGCAGCAGAAGCCUUCAUGACCUUCAAGAACACCGACCUUUGCGAGCACGCCUCUUCGAAUGGAGGAAAGGAACGGCGGCAGGUCGCGAUGUGUACCUUGUGGGGAUCGCGCGCAAGGUCCAGAGCUUUGUUUCAACGUGUCACUUCUGUCCGUGGACAAGCGCUGGAGGAGGAAGCUGCAGAGAAGACCCGGCAACAGUAUCCACCACAGCAAGGCACCUCCAGCCGCGACUUCUGCGUACCCGCCUUUGCCCGAGAGGAUGCCCCAGCCUGGAGCAGGCGCUUGGACCGUCGUCCCGGACACGAGCGCACCACCUGGCUCGCGACGACUUGCCGCUUCCCCGCAGCCACCGUGAGGAGUGGGAGGUGGUCAACCCGGAAACCUCACCGAAGAGCUGGCGACAUUGAAGAGCUUGCCAUCUUGGACUCAGGCUGCGCGAAGACAAUUGGCACCGCCUGGUCGGCUCGCUUCGAGGCUGAGCUGAAGAAACUGGGGCUUAGCUUCGAGUCCAGGUCGAUGAAGCAGAACUUCAAGGGCGUUGGCGGCCGCGUAGCCAGCAACGUCAUGAAGGUCUACCCGAUCGCCGUCCAGGGCAUCGAAGUACACAAGCGAGGCGCACCGUUUCCUUUGAGAACCUCGGGCCACCUUGCGGUCAACAUCCUCGACUUCAACGACGCCGCCGCGCAGCUCUAUGUUGGAACCUCGGCCGGCCCCUCGUCCAGCGACCAACGGCCUCAAGAAGAUGGACCGAGACCGCUGUCAGCCGAGGAGUAUGACGAGAUCAUGCGGGUCUACAGCCAGGACUACGAGGUCCCAGAAGGAUGGUGCCCCGAUGACUGGCACGACCACCAGGACUUCAUCGAGCUGAUGCGCCAGGAGGUCGGCGACCUUGACGACGGCGUGAUGGAUGGAGACGUCACGGAGGAUGUCAACUACACGGAGGAGAUCCUUCUUGCCGAGCCCCGCCUGAAGAAGCGGACGACCAGCAAAAAGGGCGAAGCUGGACGCCAUAUGGGCCUCUCGCUCCUCUGCGUCUAUGCUGGCAUGCUGAUUGGCGCCCCGCUCGACAUCAACAUCGCCGACUGGGGCGGCUCCACCAAGAAGGGGCUCCAGCGCGUGAACAACGACCUGCAGCAGGAGGACCCGUGCCUGCUUGUGAUCACCCAUCCCUGCUCACCUUGGGGUGCCUGGUCCAGGUUCAACUUGGCCCGCAGCGGCGCUGCAGAGAUGACAGUCCUGGAGGCCAGGGCAGAGAGCAGAAAGAUCCUGGUCAACGUGAACCGUCUUGUUCGCAACCGCCGGGCCAAGAGACACGUCUUCAUCGAGCAGCCCCGCGACUCUGAGUGGUUGCUGCAGCCCGAGACGGAGGACAUUCAGCGCCUCCUGAGCGACGGCGUCCUCAUCAAGGUGAUUGCGGAUGGCCGUCAGCUCGGGUACUGCGAUAAGGAGACCGGCGCACAGCGUUGCAAGCCGACUUCCUUCAUCACCUCCAUGUUUGUGGCUGAGUCUGUCUCGGGGUGCCUUUGCCCGCGCGACCACUGGCAUCAGCGCUUGGAGGGCAGCAACAAGUACGGCCGCAGGACUUUACAGGCGGCGACUUGGCCCGACGAGCUCAACCGCAAGGUCUUGGGCGUGAUGCUCCAGCAGUCUGUCGUCGAGGCUACCUCCAUGGAGAACGCCAAGGAGGAGCGUGGCGCGUUUCCAGUCUACAUGCGGCCAGACCUCCAGUUCGACAAUGCCCUGCCUGUACCUGGCGCGGAGUUCAUCGGCCUCGACCAGAGAGACGUUGAAGUCGCACCUGGUGACAACAGCUCUGCUAGGGCAGCUCAGGCCGCUCGCCUCGAACCUGUGUUGAGCAUCACCGAGGCAGACCGGAGACAAAAGUGGCAGGUGUCGGCUGACAUCAGGACGGUUCUACGAGACCUUCACGUGCAGUUCGGCCACCCGACAACCACGACCAUGAUGCGCAUCCUUCGGAGGAUGAAUGCCAAGCCGGAGGUCAUCUAUGCUGCCCAGUUGCUACCCAGUAAAUACGUCUUCAACCGCCACCUCCUCCUGGAUACCUUCUAUGCCAAGGACGUCAAGUUGACCUUGUACUCCUUCUUGAACAUUGUCGACGAUGCGACCGGCUUCCAGGUGGUCUGUGUCUUGGAACAACAGCGCUUUAUCGCGAGCUGGAGCAGCUGGGCCGGGCUUCCUCAGAGCCUGCAGGUGGACCAGGGAAAGGAGUAUCUUUCAGCCUUCGCCAUAAGGCUCCCUGGAUCCUUGCUCAGCAGUCCUGAACGAGAUCAGUUGGAAGUGCUCGAGGCGGCGACCCAAGGAGCGCCGUGGCCCGAAGCUUGGGGAUCCGUGAGGCUGCUCGAGUUGCGCAAGUUCGCCUCGAUACCGAUGGGCGAGUGA